UCUCAAGGGACUUCUGUUCUGCAAAUUGCUUAAAACCUUGGUUUUAAGCCCACCCUCUGUAAAGUCACACCACCAUGCUGUCAAUCAACAGUAUCACCUUAAUACCCACCUCUCCCUAUUAUGAGCCAUUACUCAUUUGCAUUACUAAUCGAUUCAUCCAUUGCUGCUAGCCUUUUAUACACUGUAGGUUGGUGCUCUAUAAUUCUUUAGCACCCUCUGUGUGUUAUUUUAACUUUCUUAGGGAACACGGCACACGGUUCUCUUUGAGGGACAGCCUGACCACCUUGUCCCAGCCACAUCAGAGUUUCUCAUAGAGAGUAAUCUCUUUGAGGUGGCCGGUAGAAUACUGGGCCACUCAUUUCUUCAUGAAGGGCCUUGCCUCGCUGGGUUGAGUCCAGCUAUAGUACAUGUUGUAUUCUGUGGUGAUCCCGAAAUGACAACAGUCAUCCUGGAGGACUGCCCAGACCUGGAUGUGAGAACCACAAUACAACUGCUGGAAGGUGAUAAACCGUUAAACCAAGACCAGGAAGAAGCCAUAUCAGACCUUGCCCUAUCCUGGGAUUUGCCUGGUGUCUCGAACGUCAACCGGAGAUGGCUCUAUAAUAAACUGCUACUGUAUGCAGUGAUUGGAAGGACCACAAGGCAGGUGAAGCAACUGAGACGGGGCCUGAAAGAAACAAUGUUGUGGCCCCUCCUGACAUCCAGACCUGAUGUCGUCCCGCUCAUUUUCCCCAGAACGAAGGAAAUGCAGUAUACACCACAAGUGGUCCUAGAUCGCAUCAAUUGGCCCCUUGAGAAUGACAGCGACGAGGAUGAAGACUUCAGCCUGGAGGAGAAGUGCCGCACCACCGGCUUCCUAAGGACGUUCAUAGAAAAUGCAUCAUCAACACAGCUGGCCGAACUACUAAAAUUCUGGGUCGGAUGGGAGGUCCUUCCACGAGAGAUACAUGUUGAAAUCUCACGGGGUCGAUUUCCAUCCUCAUCUACCUGCUUUGAGAGGCUGAAAUUGCCUGUCCAUUUUGAGUCCUAUGCAGACUUUGAAACAGCACUUAAAGCAUCUAUUCAGAGUGCUCACACAGGAUUCGGUCUAAUAUAACAAGGACAGUGAGGAGGAGAAAAGGGGGUUGAUGGCAGGGGUUCUUAGGGCACAAAUAGUUCAGUGUUAAAAGUCUUAGUUUGAGUCGAUCUAAUCUCGAUCAAAUCUUCAAAUAUAUUUAUAUAUUUUUUUCUUCUUGUAGGAGGGCCUACAAGCAAGUUUUAGGUUUCUACCCCCACCUAAUUAAUCAGGCAUAACACCCAUUUUUGGGGGGGAUAAAUUCUGCAGAGAAUAAUACAUUUGUGAUAUUUUAAUUCGAAAAUGUAACUUUCUUAUUUUCUUCCAUAUCUGAGUUUCUGGUGUGACGUCAUGUACAUUUGUUCUCAAAGUAUUGGUUCUCAAUUUUUUGUUAUCACACAAUGCUACCCAAACACAAUACCUUUA